AUGGUUCAUGUUCUGGAAUUUGAGGUGAGCGCUUCGAAUGCGGAUUUGGAAAGUGACGAUGGGAAACACUUGCGAUUGCCUCAACAUUUGUACAUUCCGAACGGCCGUCUUCAGACCAGUCUCCUCGGCAAUGCGCGCAUUUUGGAUCAAACAGGUGUCAUCAACGAUGCAUCUGCCGACUAUUCCCAUCAUCGUCCACGCGUCAUAGUUCAACAUCGUUCCGAUCCGGCGCUAACGCGUGAUGCAGGCAGAAGUGAUGCUGCGGGCAGCGAUCGUUUCGAUGCUCAAGAUGAACCGUUCAGACUGUUUGAAAGAUCCGAUGUACGAGGUUAUCUUGAAGGUGAUUCAAGACGUGGCGAUGGAAUGGCCAGGGCAACUGCGCUUAAAGGCAAUGGUGAUGAGAACGACUUUGAAGUGGAAUAUGUGGACUCGGCAGCAAGUCGAGGUUUGUCUUUUUCGCAAUUGAGCCUUUCUCAAGUCUCUUCUAUCAACUAUUAUACGAAGCGGUUCAUCUACGAAUGUCGAUAA